ACCACGCGAUCCCCGUGCAUAUUAGAAGCUCAGCACAGAACUGCUUCACCAUCUCAAAGAUCUUUCUCCGCCGAUUGGCACCUUGUCAAGAAUGCGUGAAUGCAUCUUUCUCCUUGUGGGACAAGCUGGAGUCCAGCUGGGAAACGCAAUCUGGGAGCUUUUCUGUUUAGAACAUAGAAUUGAACCUGACGGUUGGAUGAUGGACAACACGGUUGGAGCCAGCGAUUUCGUCCAUACCUUUUUUUAUGAAUCUUCCGCCGGUAAGAAAGUUCCACGGGCGAUUUAUAUCGAUUUGGAGCCGACUGUGAUUGAUGAAAUGCGGGAGGGUGUCUUUCGAGAACUGUAUCAUCCCGACAUGCUGUUAACCGGAAAGGAGGACGCAUCUUGCAAUUAUGCUCGUGGACACUACACUGUUGGGCGAGGGAUGCUUGAGCUGGCCUUGGACCGUGUCCGUAAGCUGGCACGUCAGUGUACGGACCUACAAGGCUUCCUUGUUUGCCACAGCUUCGGCGGAGGCACUGGCUCCGGCUUCACAUCGUUGCUGGUUGAGCACCUCUCGGCAGAGUAUGCGAAGAGGACACUGCUUGGGUUUGCCGUCUACCCUGCUAACAAGGUUUCGACGGGAGUUGUGGAACCCUACAACGGUGUCCUGACUACCCACGCGACUCUGUCGCAUUUUGACAGCACGUUCAUGGUAGACAACGAUGCCCUCUACAGCAUAACGAAACGCAACCUGGAUAUCGACUGUCCCGGCUAUACGAAUCUCAACAGGCUCGUUGGACAGGUUGUCUCGUCCAUAACUUCCUUCCUACGAUUCAAGGGAGACGUAAAUGCAAACCUAUCAGAGUUUCAAACCAACCUGACUCCUUACCCAAGGAUGCAUUUUCCCCUAGUCAGUUAUGCCCCCGUGAUAUCGGCGGAGAACAAAUACCGCGAACACCCAUCGGUGCUACAGAUUACGAACGCCUGUUUCGAACCAGGAAACCAGCUGAUGAUGUGUGACCCCACUGACGGCAGGCAUAUGGCCUGCUGCCUACACUACCAAGGCGAUGUUGUUCAGAAAGAGAUGAAUGACGCCAUUUCUGCCCUCAAGACCAGGCGCACCAUCAGGUUUGCAGACUGGUGCCAAAAAAGUUUCAAGGCUUGCAUCAACAACCAGCCCCACACCGUGGCUCCGGGUAGCCAAAUGGCUAAGGCUCAUCGUACCGUCUGUGCCAUCUCAAAUUCUACGGCCAUUGCUGAAGCAUGGGCCCGUUUGGGCUACAAAUUUGACCUAAUGUUCGCAAAACGCGCCUUCGUGCACUGGUACAUAAACGAAGGCAUGGAACAGGAAGAAUUCUGUGAGGCUCGGGAAGAUUUGGCUGUCCUCGAGAGUGACUAUGAGGAUAUCUGUGUUAAUUUCGAUGGGGAUACUGAGGACAGUGAAGAGUCAUAAGCAUCAGUUUUUGCUCAAUGAAAAUUAUCGUUUUCUGAGAA